AAUAAAAUAUCGAUUUAGAUAACAUUUAUAUCAUGGAUCACAUAUAACCUUAUUGAUAAACGAUAUAAUGUUAUCAGUCAGAAUCAUCGUGACAAUGGCUAUCAUGGUAUGUUGCUUUCGGAUGAGUUGUGACGGUACGGCAGCUCUCUACGUCACCUUCGGCAGCGUCGUGAAGCUGAGGAACUUGGCUCACAACGCGAGGCUCCACUCGUUGGAGAUGAAGUAUUCCGGAGGUAGCUCGCAGCAGAUGGUGACCGCGGUCUACGACGAAGACGACGUGGAGUCCAAUUGGAUCGUGAAGGCCGUAGGAGUCAGUGUGAGGGGACAACCGAUACAGUGCGGGGAUACGGUUCGGCUGGAACAUUUGUCCACCGCCAAGAACCUUCACUCACAUACAUUCAGGUCUCCCCUAUCGGGAAAUCAAGAAGUUACUGCAUUUGGCGAGAAUGGCGCUGGGGACAGAGGGGACACCUGGCGGGUGAUGUGCAAGAGGAUGCUGUGGCGAAGAGACAGUCCCGUGCUCCUGCGGCAUCACGACACCGGUGGGUACCUUAUGGUGAGUGGGCGAGAGUACCAUGAACCGAUACUCGGGAUGCUGGAGGUGGCGGCCGGCCAUCUUUGCCACGAAGCCUAUUGGCAAGUCGCGGAAGGGCUCUACGUCCAUCCCGAUGAGCACAGGACCAGGCAUACCGAACUGUAAAUGAUGAAGAAAAUAAAUUAUUUAAUUACUU